UCUACGUUUUUGCUAUUUUAAACGUAUUUUUUAGUCAUGUCUGGUCGCGGAAAGCAGGGAGGUAAGGCCCGCGCUAAGGCCAAGUCCCGCUCAUCCCGUGCGGGCCUCCAAUUCCCGGUGGGGCGCGUACACCGUUUGCUGCGCAAAGGCAACUAUGCAGAGCGGGUGGGGGCCGGCGCGCCAGUCUACAUGGCGGCGGUGCUCGAGUAUCUGACCGCCGAAAUCCUGGAGCUGGCCGGCAAUGCGGCCCGUGACAACAAGAAAACACGCAUCAUCCCCCGUCACCUCCAGCUGGCCAUCCGCAACGACGAGGAGCUGAACAAGCUGUUGGGCAAAGUCACCAUCGCCCAGGGUGGCGUUCUGCCCAAUAUCCAGGCCGUUCUAUUACCAAAGAAAACUGAAAGCCACAAAGCCAAAAGCAAAUAAAUCCUGACAAACUAAAACCAAAGACCAAAGGCUCUUUUUAGAGCCACCCAAGUUUUCAAAAAAAGAGCUAAUGCGCUACU